AUGGGUGUGAACUCAUUAUGGGAUAUAAUAGGACCAACAGCAAAGCCUGUGAGACUUGAAGCUUUAUCUAGGAAGAGAUUAGCGGUUGAUGCGUCGAUAUGGAUCUAUCAAUUUUUAAAAGCGGUCAGAGAUAGUGAGGGCAACUCGCUACCUCAGUCUCACAUUGUGGGAUUCUUUCGAAGGAUCUGUAAACUAUUGUAUCAUGGUAUUUAUCCGGUAUUUGUGUUUGAUGGAGGUGCACCGUCCUUGAAAAGAGAGACAAUAAAUCAGCGAAGGGAGAGAAGACAAGGAAAACGGGAAAGCGCAGCUGAAACAGCCCAGAAGUUAUUAGCUAUUCAAGUGCAAAGGGAAGCAGAAAAGACUAUGGGUAGAAAAGAUAAUAACGAAACUGUUUAUUUAGAGGAUUUGACUAAUUUGCAUCCGUCUCACGUUGAAACAAAUAGAGAAAGCCUAAAUGACGAACAGAGCCUAUUUAGAAAGAAAGACGAAUACCACCUACCUGAUAUUAACUCAUUCAAGGUUUCCUCCAACGAUUCAAGAAUUAUGCCAGAAAAUUCAUUUGAUGACUUUGUGGAUGAUCUUGGUUAUGUAGAUGGAAUUGACAUUGAUUCUGUGGAUCCCGCAUCCCCUGAAUUUUCUCGAUUACCGUUAUCAUCUCAGUACAUGAUAUUGUCUCAGCUAAGAUUAAGAUCUCGAUUAAGAAUGGGGUUUUCCAAAGACCAAUUGGAAAUGUUAUUCCCUAAUAGCAUGGACUUCUCGAAAUUUCAGAUUCAGCAAGUGCAAAAAAGAAACUUCUAUACUCAAAGACUAAUGGAUGUCAGUGGCAUGGGUAGUGACGGUAAUACUACAAAGAGAAUAGCAGGGGACAAAGAUAAAAAGUAUGCAUUAAUUAGAAGUGAGAAUGGGUGGUCUUUAUCGUUGGGCUCCGAAAGCUCCACUAUGGAAGAUCCAAUAUUGCUAGAUGAAAAUGGUGAAAUGAUCGCACGUCAUCGAGAAGAAAAGAAUACAAAAACUUAUGUCGAUUGGAAGGAUGAUAAAGAAGGUGAUAGUGAUGUCGAAUUCGACGAUGUGCCUUUGGAAAAUAGUGGAGACGAUGAAAUACAAAAAGAAUUGAUACAAUCGAUAUAUAAUCAAUAUCGAGAGGAAGAGCCAAUCAAUGCUGAAGAAGAAGAACGAAAUGAUUUAAAAAAAGCUAUUGAAGACUCUAAAAGAGAGUAUUUCGAUUUACAGCUAAAGGAAGAGGAGCUAGCAAAGGAAAAAUCUCUCAACUGGAACUUUGGUCCCAAGAAUCAAAAAACUAACAAGGCGGAACAAGACCAAGGGGCUAAAGAAACGAGUAACGUCUCCUCAGACAAUAAUAAAUCAACUAACACCAGUGAUAAAAUUUCCAAUAUUGGAAAUACCAAUGACUUUUUAAAUACUAAUUUUGGAAAAUCUUUUCUUUUGCAAGAAGAGAAUCCUGAUGAUAUGUCAGAAAUAAAGCAGAACGAAAAUAAUAAACUGCAGGAAGAUGCCGAUAUCUCCAAACGAGAAAGCGGAAGAGUGGAAAGUGAUAUAAUUGAGAUAGAGCAAUUGGCUGAUGACGAUAAAGACGCAGAAAAAAAGAAAGAUGCUCAUAAUGUCUUACCCUCAUGGUUCAACCAAGGUUUUUCCUCCUCAGAAAAUCCGCAUGAAGAUACCUUCCUUCCUGAGUCAAAGAAACAUGUAUCAAGUAAGUAUCAAAAGGAUGAAGAUGCUGGGAUUGUGUCUUGGAGCGAGGCAAGAGAGUUGCUCAAUUCGGAAGAUGAACUCAAUAGCGAUAAAUCGGACGAGGUGCAAGAGAUCGCACCCUUUAAAAAGCAGGCAUCUUUCUCUGCAAAAGCUGAAGAAGAGAAAGUAGAUAAGAACGAUAAUGAAAAAAACGGGCAAAGGAAACCUGCUGUUCUUGAAUAUGAUUUUGAAGAAGAAGACGAGAAUAACUUAGUACGACAGUUAAACGAUGAAGAAGCUGAGCAUGAAAAUUUCAGAUCUGAUAUGAAGAAAAAUUAUGAUAAAUCAAUAUCUUCUAUCAAUACAAGCAUUACAGAAGAACAUUUGCUACAAGAGAAACUUCAAAAGGCCAAAAGGGACUCUGACGAGGUAACUGAAACAAUGAUAAGAGACGUCCAAGAACUUCUCAAAAGAUUUGGGAUACCUUACAUCACUGCUCCUAUGGAAGCGGAAGCUCAAUGUGCGGAACUCUUGCGGCUCAAGUUAGUAGAUGGGAUAAUUACUGAUGAUAGUGACUGUUUUUUGUUCGGUGGAGAUAAUGUGUACAAGAAUAUGUUUAAUCAGAAGCAGUAUGUUGAGUUUUAUACUUUGAGAGAUAUUGAAGCCAAAAUUGGACUAACUCAAGACAAGCUUAUUGAAUUAGCUUUCCUUCUUGGGAGUGACUACACAGAAGGAAUAAAAGGUAUUGGUCCCGUCCUUGCAAUGGAAAUUAUUGCAGAAUUUGGAAGUCUAAAAAAAUUUAAGUUAUGGUUUGAUCAGAAUACGAAGUCUCGAAGAAGCUCUGAGAAGCAAGAAUCUUCUUUGAAGAAGAAUUUGUUGACGCGUGUUAAAAAUGGAAAGCUUUUCUUACCUGGUGCCUUUCCAGAUAAAGUGGUGUUUGAUGCUUAUAAAAGACCAGAAGUCGAUCAUGACAAAACUCAAUUCAAGUGGGGGUAUCCUAGUUUAGACCAAAUAAGGUCUUUUCUCAUGUACAAUCUAAGGUGGUCACAGUCAAAAGUUGAUGAAGUAAUGAUACCUUUGAUUAGAGACAUAAAUCGUAAGAAAACUGAAGGCACACAGUCAACAAUUAGCGAAUUUUUCCCUCAAGAGUAUAUCCAAACUAAGAAAGAUAUUGGAAUUGGAAAAAGACUCAAAUCUGCUACUAAUAAGCUUCAUAAAAGAAGAAACACCAACAAUACAACGUAA